AUGGCAUACUUUCUCUUUCCUGCAACAGCCAGCGCACCCAUGGGCCUUCGCCCGCGAAAUUGUUAUGGCACCGUGCUCACGGACAUUGUUCGCGCAUCCUCCGACGCCAUCGACGCCUUAACGCUUUAUCGCCGUCUGAUAUUUGCUAAUGAUGCCUAUGUUGAUAACGCUGGGUUCACUGCGUUUGAUGCACAUGUCGGUGACACCUCCUGCCAGCUGCGAGCUGGGAUGCUCCUCGACUUGACCAAGAAGCAUAGGCACUGGGCCUUGAGCAGCAGCGACAAGGAAGCGUCCUGGCUCGAUAAAUACAUCGAACGGCUCACCAGCGUGCGCGAUGGAGCCCGGAAGAUGCUGGCCAAGCUCACCAUCGAGCGCGUUCACCCGGAGAAACUGGGGAUUGGUCCCAAGAAGGAUAAUCCGGACGGCCUACUCCGCCGCUUGGGAUGGGACGAGCAGGAAAUCUUGAGUUCGAUUACGACUCUCUAUCCAAUAUCUCAGGCAAAAAUGCCACGGGCCCACGAAGGCUGUCUAAACGGCUGGGAUUUGACGGAAGGGCAGCAGGGGCAGCAGGUCACUAAGUGCCCGGAGAAUGCCUUGUGGCAGAUUCACAAUGAUCCGGCCGUACUGAGCAGCUCUAUUGCUCACCACGAAGACAGAACCGUGGUGAUUGUGGAUGAUAUCGACGUCAGGCCACGAGCGGAAACGGCCUCGCCGUCAUGUGAAUCCACGGCAUCAUCCAACGAAGGAGUGGAUGGGAUUGAAUGGAAUCCACUAUGCGCAUGGACGAUGGUCCGCUUCCUCACCUACUGUUUUGUUCUUUCCAAGUACAAGGGCUUCCGUCGGUUCCAGCACGUUGUGGGGGCGCGCAUCGAUCCUCAAGCAGCGAUCCAGGCAGGUGACGAAAUGGUGCGCGAUGUGUGGGACUAUAGUCUCCGCGACUACAAGUAUUCAAAAGCCACUCGCCGAAUCGAGCUGGAGUUUGGGCUCUUGCAGAGCUGGGUGUCGAAAUUGAGUUCUGCAUGGCUGUAUGAUAUUGCAAAGGCAUCAUCAGCCUCGCCUGGAAUGGAAAGUUUGAUGAUGCGUACCCAUCCGGACCUCUUCAACCAACCUAACCUGCAUCCCGACGUUACCACUCCAACUUUUUCUUUGCCACGCUCACGCUCGAAAGCACGAAUGCAACAACGGACCGAGAUGGUCUCCCGCUACCCCUCAAGCAGAAAGUGA